AUGAAGACCGCUGCCGGCUUCUCCCACAGAACUCAAACGUCCCGCUGCAUUAAACGCACCGCCAUCAGUGCCGCGUUCCGGUUCAUCGCACGGACACGGGAGAGCGGAGCGUCGGCGUUCCAGGUGUCGGUGUACUUAGGCCUGCCGGCGCUUACGUCCGACUGCUCCUCUGUCACAAAGCAUCAGGCUCAAAGUCCCAACGGCUGCAGCGGAUCCAGGAGCAGUGCACUGAAGCUGGGCAGGCUCUCACGGCUCUGGGCCCCUCAACGUUCACGCCGGACGUCCGGGGACUGCACGGAUGCUGCGCGUUUGUUUGUCAAAGUGGAGGACAAACGCAAGGCUUUCCCGGGGUUCGGAGUCUUGCGUCAGCCCGGGGUUUUGAAAAGGCGGAGAUAG